UAGUGUACAAGUGAAUAAAGGACUGUUUGGGUUCGUUUCAAUAAUAAACGAAAUUUUCGAAACUUGAUUCCCAAGAGUCGAUUCCACUCAAUAGGCACGGAAUCGUUUUCCAUCGCCUGUGGUCGGUGAAUCGACUCUUUGAGGAACCGUUUUCUAUUUUUAGUUUUUUUUUGUUUUUUAUUAGUAUUUUUGACAAAUAGAAUACUGCUCCUGUGAAUUGUAUCAAGUUGUAUUUGUGGGACAUUGACAAGGCUGAACUAUGUAUGCUUGAAGUUUGUUUAAAUGGCGUUUUGUGAUCUAGUAUUCGGAUCAUACAUACAUGGAGAAGAUCAUGAUGUUUAAUCAGUGAAGUUAUUUUGAUUCAUUUAAGCUCGAUUCAGUCCAACAAACAACUCUUUCUUCACAAAAACCAUCCUGAGCACAAAAAUGCCAACAUCCUUUGCAUGCUUCAUGAAGCCAGUGCUUCAUGGAUAUUUCAGAAGUUCUUGUUCAUGGAGAGUGCGGAUUGCUUUUGCCCUAAAGGGUAUUGAAUAUGAUCAAGAACCAGUCAACCUUGUCAAGGAUGGAGGCCAACAGCUUACAGAACAGUAUAAAACUGUCAACCCAAUGCAGCAAGUGCCUGCAGUCACAAUCGAUGGCAUCACCUUGUCUCAGUCACUGGCUAUCAUCCAGUACAUUGAUGAAACUCGGCCCAGGCCUCCUUUCCUACCUGCUGACCUACAGCAGCGAGCCCAGGUGCGCAUGAUCUCUGAUCUCAUCGCCUCUGGGAUACAGCCUUUACAGUCAACAUCUUUUAUUACUAAGAACAUCUAUGUGAUACAAAAGGUUGGUGAAGAAAAGGUGCAGUGGGCUCAACAUUUCAUCAACAAGGGAUUUAAAGCUCUCGAGUCCAUCCUGAAGCAGACAUCUGGAACAUACUGUGUUGGGAAUGAGUCUCUAGAGUUUACUCAGAAUGGUGCAAUAAAGAGAAGAUUUCCAGUGCACAGCAUUUCUGCAAAUGGAAACACCUUGUUGAUGAGAAAGGUCAACCGAUAAUGACCAGAUUGUUCCUGAAUAAUCUACAGGAAAUUGAGCCAGUCACGUCACCACGGACAAGUAUCUCAAAAUAAUACAUCUUGUGGAAUCCAUGCCAUGAGGAAUUGAGGCUAUUUUGAGAGCAAAAGAAGUGUUAUACCCUCUCCAGUGAUAUUACAGUGUUCCUAAUAAAGUGAUCAGUAAUUGUA